GACCGAACUUUUGAAAGUCCCCACAGCAUUAGAAUGCUACAAUGAACACACAAAGCGACUGUAGUACACCUGUUUUCAUGAACGGUAGAGCUAGCUAUACUUCUCCGGCGGAACAGUUGUUCGGCUCAACAACAUGGCAAUGGAAUGCAUCAAGAACUGCUGCAAGAGCUUUCUGCGCAAGGAGGAGAAGGAGAUCCAAGUUAUUAAAAUGGCAGUGGUACCGGCCAGCACCACAGUCUCGGGGGUCGUCUCAGAAUGCCCGCGGAGAGCGGUUGGUGUUUCGGAAGACUACCUCCUGUCCAAGCUUCCGCCCCACGGGAAAGAGGUGCCCUUUGUGGUCCCGACGUUCAAGCCCUCCUACAUCCAGCCCAGCGGGUCCCUGUACCCCAACUACCAGGAGGGUCUGCAUGGCUCUGCCAGGUGCACGUACGUGGACCGGAAGGCCGAGCUCACAGGGGCCAGUCACAUCGUCUACGACCCCUACACCACGCUCCACUGCAGCCACGCAGCGGAUCACGUCUCCCCCGGAUCCGCGCGGCGGGUCGUCCCGAGCAACAGGACCGGCACCGCGCAUGGCUUAGUGUGGGAUCUAAAGAGUGGGAAACAAAGGUUGAGCAACUCCAUGUUCGACCUCACGCAUCCCCAAGGCCACAUGGAGAGGUAUGAGUCCGUGUCCAGUAUCCAGAGCAGCCUGUCGUCCGUGAAAGACUCCCCCGACAGCAGCCGUAGCCUUGAGUCCAUCACUCUCUCGGGCGAUGAGAAGGAGCAGGGAAAGCUGAACGUCAGGCUGAGUUACCAGGAGGCCCUGGAGCAAAUCUGGAUCACGCUGGUGCAGUGUAAGAACGUGCACUACCCCUUGGACAGCGGGGGGCUGCAGAGGAUUGGGGUGAAGGGCGUCAUCAGCCUCUCCAAACCAGUGCACUUCAAAAGCUCCGUGAAGGAAGCCUCAUUGGACAUGGCGUUCAUGGAGACCUUCGUGUUCGCCCUGCAGCUGCAGCAGCUGCGCACCGCCAGCCUCACCCUCCGGCUUCAGGCCCACGUGCCCCGGAAAUGCACCCUGGGCGAGUGCGUCCUCUCCCUCCGCCAGCUGGGCCCCCAGGAGACGGAGCACUGGCUGGACAUCAACCCACCGUCCCGCGCCCCGGUCUGCCAUGCGGAACUCCAUCUUGCCACCUGCUUCCAGCCCGUUAAUGGUCGCAUUCAGAUCCAGGUCCUGGAAGCACAGAACCUCCCAGGAUCCUCUGCUCCACUCGGCCAGAGUUUCUUUGUGAAGGUGGAGAUGCACUCGUUUGGGAGGCUGGUGACCAAGCAGAAGACCCGGGCCCUCAGGGCCUCGGGGGCCUCGGUCAGGUGGGCGGAGUCCUUUCCGUUUCCCGUGGCGAUACAGGAGCAGGGCGUCCACAUCUCUGCCAAACUCUACAGCCGGAGCUCCGUGCGCAGGAAGCACUUUCUGGGCCAGGUGCACCUGGGGUACGAGAGCUCGUCCCGCGAGGCGGUGGAACAGUGGCGGGACACCAUGGCGCUGCCGGAGAAGGUGGUGGUGGUUUGGCACAGACUGAGCACCAGCUAAGGGCGGGGGGUGCAGGACAGCCCAACACCGAGAGGAACACGGCGGCCCCCACGCCACCCUCAGCCAGUUUCACACUGCCGCUAACGGCAUCUCCAGUCCUGGAGCUCCCAGUACGGGGGUCUCCUCCACUGCCCUACACACACACACCUCAACCAGCUCUGGCCUUGGCACAGCUCAGGGCCCGGGGGAGCCGGGCCAGCUGGAAAUGGAGCCUUAAGGACAUGCAUUUCAUUUACACCGGGACGGACGUGUACCUCACAGACGGAUCUAAUUCCUCCAGAGAAAGCUAAAUGUGCCCCUUUGUUCUACCCUGUGAAUGAAGUGGGCUGUGUGUGUGUGUGUGUGUGUGUGUGUGUGUGU